UUAUUAAUCGGAAGUCGCCUUACCUGUCCCUAUGACGUUGCACUCGGUUUCGGUUCUUUGAGACACAAUGAAGGCACAUUCUACCGUUUUUCUUCUGAGCCUCCUGUGCCUAACUGGUGUCCUUGGAUGGGAUACCGAGGAGCUGGAAAUAUUUGAUUUAGUUGAGGAAAUAAAAACAAACUUCUACGAGUUUAUGGGUAUCGGUCAAAAUGCGUCCAGCCAAGAAAUCAAGAGGGCUUUCCGUGGUCUUUCAAUACAGCUACAUCCUGACAAAAACCCUUCUGAAGAUGCGAAUAUUCAAUUCCGAAAUUUGGUUUCGAUAUACGAAGUCUUAAAGGAGCCAACAAAGCGUGAAAAAUAUGACAAGGUGUUAAAGGAUGGAUUACCCAACUGGAAGUCCGCCCUAUAUUAUUACCGUCGUAUGCGCAAAAUUGGUCUUUACGAGGGAGCCGGAAUUCUAUUCCUCAUCAUUACAAUUGGCCAAUAUCUUUUUGCAUGGGCUGCUUACUUGGAAAAGAGAUAUACGGCAGAACAGGUACUAGGUUCAAAACUUAAAAAGCUGCAAAAAAAGAACAAAAGCAUUGAUAUGGAUACAAUAUUGAACGAGAUUCCAGCGCCUUCUUUAAAGAACACAUUACCGGUACAAAUACCUUUGUUUGUAUGGAAUUUGCCCAAGACAAUAAAGGGAGCCUUUAAUAAAGCUAAUGAAUUAAAGGAGAUGGCGCUAGAGAAAAGAAGACAGGAAAUAGAGGAGGCGAAGCGAUUGGAGGAUCAGGAAAGGGAAGCUGAAGAGUUAGUCCGUCUGCGAAAGGAGCAAAAAGAAAAUUUACGAAAACGCAAACAAAAUAUGAAGGCUCCUGAGAAAACUGACGAAGAAUUAAAGGGUUACUCGCAAAUACAGGCAAGAGAGUUGACAGAAAAUGAUGCAGUGAAACCAGUCACACAAAAAACAACACUGAGUGGCGGCUUUUGGACUGAUGAAGAUUUGACGGAACUCAUACGUUUGGUGAAAAAAUACCCAGCCGGUAUGAGCAAUCGAUGGGUUGUUAUUAGUGAAGCAAUGAAUAGAACUGUGCAGGAAGUUACAUUUAUGGCAGCGAAAAUGAAAGAGAAUGGGUAUCGAUUGCCCGGCCAGACUGAAAGUGUCGCUGAAACCAUUAUCCAGGAAACACAACAAAUAGUCAAAAAAGAAAAAACCAAACAAGACAAAAGCAUUGUGAUACCAGAAACAAAUUGGACACAGGAUCAGCAAAAAGCUUUGGAGGCAGCUAUUGUAAAAUAUAGAAAAACUGUGGGUAGUGACAGAUGGCAAAAAAUUGCCAAUAGUGUUCCCGGCAAAACAAAGGAGGAAUGUUUGGUUCGCUACAAAUACCUGUGUGAGUUGGUUAAGUCACAGAAAAAAUCCGAGGAGUCUGAAACAGGAAUAGAAAAUGAUGUAGCUGACGGAGAAAAAGAACAGACUAAACCGAAAGCUGAGGAAAGGCUCGAAGAAAUAUCAUCACCCGUCACUGCCGAGGAUUUAGCUGAAGAGUUUUCGGGGAAAGGCAAAAAGAGAAAUAAACGUAAAGAACGAAGAAGGCGAGAUUUAUCAAGCGACGAAGACUCGGACGACGCAUACAUGUAUGAACAAAAUUAAGUUACUUCUUUGUUUUACUUAAGUACUAGUUUAAGCAACUGUCGCCACCAUAACACUUCAGUUAUUUCCACUAGCUUAAUUUCUCACUGCUGAGACGGAUGAAUAGACCAUUUCAAUCUAUAAUACAACUGCGACAACAUUUAUAAUAAAAAAAAACAGGUGUACGGAUUUGGUGCUGCAUUGGAUUACAUGCUCAACGUAAUGUUUUUAUUUUUAUCAAAAGGAAAAUAAAUAUUGGACAAAUUAUUACGAAA